CUGACAUGACAUGGGGCCAGCGGGUCACAGCUGUGGUGGCCCUUCGAGAAGGACACUCACUGUCCCACCCGGAGCUCAAGGAGUGGGCCAGAGGUGUCCUGGCCCCGUAUGCUGUGCCCUCCGAGCUCCUGCUGGUGGAGGAGAUCCCACGGAACCAGAUGGGCAAGGUGGACAAGAAGGCCCUGCUCAGGCAGUUCUACCCUGCGUGACCACGGGACCACAGCCAGGCCCAGAGCUCUUCCCGGAUCUGACGCUGGGCAUGAGAUCCCCACGCUGCCUCCCACAGCCACUGACGUCCCAGCCCAGGGCCCCCAGACACUCCCUUGUGUUGGUGACACCCCACCUGCUGGACUCUCUCCUCGGCAAGUCCUGGAGGGAUCCCAGAGAAAAACAAACACUGUCCUGUGCUGUCUGCCCGCACCUGUACACCUGUCCUGUGCUGUCUACCCGCACCUGUACACCUGUGCUGUCUACCCGCACCUGUACACCUGUCCUGUCUGCCCACACCUGUACACCUGUCCUGUGCAGUCUACCCACACCUGUACACCUGUCCUGUGCUGUCUACCCACACCUGUGCUGUCUGCCCUCACCUGUACACCUGUCCUGUGCUGUCUACCCACACCUGCACACCUGUCCUGUGCUGUCUACCCACACCUGUACACACCUGUGCUGUCUACCCGCACCUGUACACCUGUCCUGUGCUGUCUACCCACACCUGUACACACCUGUCCUGUGCUGUCUACCCACACCUGUACACACCUGUCCUGUGCUGUCUGCCCGCACCUGCACACCUGUCCUGUGCUGUCUACCCACACCUGCACACCUGUGCUGUCUGCCCACACCUGUACACCUGUCCUGUGCUGUCUACCCACACCUGUACACACCUGUCCUGUGCUGUCUACCCACACCUGUACACCUGUCCUGUGCAGUCUACCCACACCUGUACACACCUGUGCUGUCUACCCACACCUGUACACCUGUCCUGUGCUGUCUACCCACACCUGUACACACCUGUCCUGUGCUGUCUGCCCGCACCUGCACACCUGUGCUGUCUGCCCACACCUGUACACCUGUCCUGUGCUGUCUACCCACACCUGUACACCUGUCCUGUGCAGUCUACCCACACCUGUACACACCUGUGCUGUCUACCCACACCUGUACACCUGUCCUGUGCUGUCUACCCACACCUGUACACACCUGUCCUGUGCUGUCUGCCCGCACCUGCACACCUGUCCUGUGCUGUCUACCCACACCUGCACACCUGUGCUGUCUGCCCACACCUGUACACACCUGUGCUGUGCAGUCUACCCUCACCUGUACACCUGUCCUGUGCUGUCUACCCACACCUGUACACCUGUCCUGUGCAGUCUACCCACACCUGUACACACCUGUCCUGUGCUGUCUACCCACACCUGCACACCUGUCCUGUGCUGUCUGCCCACACCUGUACACCUGUCCUGUGCUGUCUGCCCACACCUGUACACCUGUGCUGUCUACCCACACCUGUACACCUGUGCUGUCUGCCCACACCUGUACACACCUGUGCUGUGCAGUCUACCCUCACCUGUACACCUGUGCUGUCUGCCCUCACCUGUACACCUGUCCUGUGCUGUCUGCCCGCACCUGUACACCUGUCCUGUCUGCCCACACCUGUACACCUGUCCUGUCCUGUCUGCCCUCACCUGUACACCUGUGCUGUCUGCCCACACCUGUACACACCUGUCCUGUGCAGUCUACCCUCACCUGUACACCUGUCCUGUGCUGUCUACCCUCACCUGUACACCUGUCCUGUGCUAUCUACCCACACCUGUACACCUGUCCUGUCUGCCCACACCUGUACACCUGUCCUGUCUGCCCACACCUGUACACAUCUGUGCUGUGCUGUCUACCCACACCUGUACACCUGUCCUGUCUGCCCACACCUGUACACCUGUGCUGUCUGCCCACACCUGUACACACCUGUGCUGUGCAGUCUACCCUCACCUGUACACCUGUGCUGUCUGCCCUCACCUGUACACCUGUCCUGUGCUGUCUGCCCGCACCUGUACACCUGUCCUGUCUGCCCACACCUGUACACCUGUCCUGUCCUGUCUGCCCUCACCUGUACACCUGUGCUGUCUGCCCACACCUGUACACACCUGUCCUGUGCAGUCUACCCUCACCUGUACACCUGUCCUGUGCUGUCUACCCUCACCUGUACACCUGUCCUGUGCUAUCUACCCACACCUGUACACCUGUCCUGUCUGCCCACACCUGUACACCUGUCCUGUCUGCCCACACCUGUACACAUCUGUGCUGUGCUGUCUACCCACACCUGUACACCUGUCCUGUCUGCCCACACCUGUACACCUGUGCUGUCUGCCCACACCUGUACACCUGUCCUGUGCAGUCUACCCACACCUGCACACCUGUGCUGUCUGCCCACACCUGUACACACCUGUGCUGUGCAGUCUACCCUCACCUGUACACCUGUCCUGUGCUGUCUGCCCACACCUGUACACCUGUCCUGUGCUGUCUACCCACACCUGCACACCUGUGCUGUCUGCCCACACCUGUACACACCUGUGCUGUGCAGUCUACCCUCACCUGUACACCUGUCCUGUGCUGUCUACCCGCACCUGUACACCUGUCCUGUGCUGUCUACCCACACCUGUACACCUGUCCUGUCUGCCCACACCUGUACACCUGUCCUGUCUGCCCACACCUGUACACAUCUGUGCUGUCUACCCACACCUGUACACCUGUCCUGUCUGCCCACACCUGUACACCUGUGCUGUCUGCCCACACCUGUACACCUGUCCUGUGCUGUCUACCCACACCUGCACACCUGUGCUGUCUGCCCACACCUGUACACACCUGUGCUGUGCAGUCUACCCUCACCUGUACACCUGUCCUGUGCUGUCUACCCACACCUGUACACCUGUCCUGUCUGCCCACACCUGUACACCUGUGCUGUCUGCCCACACCUGUACACCUGUCCUGUGCUGUCUACCCGCACCUGUACACCUGUCCUGUGCUGUCUACCCACACCUGUACACCUGUCCUGUCUGCCCACACCUGUACACACCUGUGCUGUGCUGUCUACCCUCACCUGUACACCUGUCCUGUCUGCCCGCACCUGCACACCUGUCCUGUGCUGUCUACCCACACCUGUACACCUGUCCUGUGCUGUGCGGUCUACCCUCACCUGUACACCUGUCCUGUGCUGUCUUCUACCCACACCUGCACACACCUGUGCUGUGCUGUCUUCCCACACCUGUACACCUGUGCUGUGUGGUCUACCCUCACCUGUACACCUGUGCUGUCUGCCCGCACCUGCACACCUGUCCUGUGCUGUCUGCCCGCACCUGCACACCUGUCCUGUGCUGUCUACCCACACCUGUACACCUGUCCUGUGCUGUCUACCCACACCUGUACACCUGUGCUGUGCUGUCUGCCUGCACCUGCACACACCUGUGCUGUGCUGUCUGCCCGCACCUGCACACCUGUCCUGUGCUGUCUGCCCGCACCUGCACACCUGUGCUGUCUGCCCACACCUGCACACCUGUCCAGAGCUGUGUGCUGCCCUGCACAGUGGGCACUGCAGCUCCCAAGGGUGGAGCCAGCUGCCUCGCCCCAACCCAGAGUCCUCCCAGGUCCUCCCAGACCCCUGCUCCCCAAACCCCACGUCUCGGUGGCCUCCACCCUCCCAGCCCACAGGGAAGUGUUGGGGUGCGUGGGUGCCCCCGUGUGUGCUCAGAGGCCACGUGAAGAGUCCUGGAGUUUCUGCGUGACUCCUGGGGAGCCGGGCACAGCUGUCCCCAUGGCCUGUAGGGAGGGACGGCCACAGCCCUGCAGGACUCUGCCCCAGAAUGCAGACCUACGGGGCCCCGGUCACGGCCCUCCCACCGGCUGCUGUCCCUCACCCUCCCCUGCGCUGGGCAGGGCCGUGCUGGGAGGAAGGGCUCCAGAGGGAGCAGCGCUCAGCGCUCGCCGGUCUGGACAGCUGGGCCUUGGCUUCAUGGUGGCUGCGGAGACACCUGCUCCUGGGCGGAAGUCAGCGGCUGUAGGACUGUCACUGAAUUCCUCUGGCUUCACUCUGUGUUUUCUAUAACCCUGAAGGUUCCGGCUCCUAAAACAUUUGCAUCAUCUGCACUGCCUUGUGGUUUGUGUCACAUCUUCCAACGUCGUCACAGGAAAACCUUCCUGCGAGAGACGCUGACGCCGUCGAGACUUUUGCAGCUCCUUCAUCCUCAGAACGCG